AUGUCCGAGCAAGACAUUCAUCCAAAUAAAUUCAGCAAACUGCGAAGUAUCUAUAAAUACUACAUUGAUUCAUAUAAUGCGUUAUAUCAGCUGAAAACGGACAAAGAAGAAGAAUUAAAAGAAAUUUACAAAAAGAUCAAAACAGAAUUGAUUGAUUCAAAGACAUACUCACCAACAAAGAUUAGGAAAGAUAUUUCAAAUAUAAUUCCUUAUAAUAAUCGCUAUACAAAGUCAUAUUUAUAUCUGGCCAAACUCUUAUCUGAUGAUUACCAUAUACCAGAGGUCAACUGUGCUGAAACUCUUGCCCUUUACAAAGAAGAUACUAUUUACAGGGCAAUUAUGUAUAAUGACUUAGAAAGAUUCAUUUCAUUCACAGAAAGAGAAGGAUUUGAUAAAGAUAAAAUGCUUGAAAGUAGUUUAUAUCCACAUUCUUAUAAAAAAUAUUCAUUAAUUGAAUUAUGUUGUUACCAUGGAGCAGUUGAUUGUUUCAAAGUCUUAAGAACGAAAUUCAGCACAAAAAUAAAUGGAAGAUGUCUUCUAUUUUCAUUUUUAGGAGGAAAUCAAGAGAUCAUGAGUGAAUGUUUGAAAUAUCAAACACCAGAUAGAUUUUGCAUGGAAUAUGCAAUUAUUUCACACAACAUUGAUUUUGUUACAUUCUUGAAGAAUGAAUAUGAUUUAUGGAUCGAUUUGGAUUGUUGUGCAAUAAACAAUAAUCUAGAAUCAUUUUUAGUAUGUUUCGAUCAAACUAAUGAUGUUGACAAAUGCUUUAUUAAUUUGGUGAUAUUUAAUAUUCCAUCUCUUUGUGAAUAUUUCCUAUCAAAGGGUGCAUAUAUCAAUGAAACAGAUAUUUUUGGAGAAACCGCUCUUCAUAUUGCGGCACGUUAUAAUAGUAAAGAAACAGUCAAAUUUCUUAUUUCACAUCGUAUAAAUAUCAAUAAAAAAAUAAUGAUGGGAGAACCGCUCUUUAUAUUGCAAUAUUGA